AUGGUGCAAAAGGGCGGUGUUGCUGUAAUCUGGCUCCUGCUCUUGUCAACACUGCUUUCCCAAGUGUUGGUCCAGGCAUAUAAUUUCUUCCCAAAAACGAAGGUGGUUAUGUUUAACCAAAUCGAAGGAGGGCCGAAACUGAUGGUUCACUGCAAGUCCAGGCAAGACGAUCUGGGAGUGCGCUGGUUGGACCCAGGAAAGAGUUUCGAGUGGUCCUUCCACCCGCACUUUUUUGCAAAGACUUUGUACUUCUGCGCCUUCCGCUGGGAGCACGGAGCUCAUCUUGUUUGGUUCGACAUCUAUAAACAACAGAGGGACGAAGAAGUGUGCAAACAGUGUCAAUGGGCCAUCAGGAGAGAUGGACCGUGCUUGGCCGUAUCGGGUUCCGAAAUGUGUUAUCACUAUAGGGACCAUCUUCAGUAA